GCUGAUUACACACAGUUUACAGUAGUUUUCAUUCGACGCUACGCGGAUAGGACAUGGGAAAACAAAAAUAAAUCGUCGAGUUCACAUUGCAACUUUUACGCAUCGCCGGUCUUAAGUUUUAUAACGAAAAAUUUAGAGUUUUGAUAAUACAUUUUAAAAUAUUAUAAUUGAAAAUGUCCGAUAUUAUAGUGGAAAUCCAACAAGGGAAAUUGAAAGGCGCUACUGGUGAAGAUUAUUAUGGAGGGAAGUUUUAUAAGUUUUUGGGAAUUCCCUAUGCGAAAGCUCCUAAGGGAGAUUUGAGAUUUAAGGCUCCCAACCCCCCAGAAUCAUGGACUGAUAUCAGAAAUGCAACCAAAGAAGGACCAGAAUGUCCGAGUAGUGAUAUGUACUUUACUUACUUUAUCGGCAACGAGGACAAUUGCCUCAACUUGAAUGUUUUCACGAAAGAAUUACCAAAAGAAAGUGAAUCACUUAAAAAGCCAGUGAUGGUAUGGAUCCACGGAGGUGCUUUUGUAACAGGAUCAAAUAAAAGUGACCUCUACGGCCCUGACUAUUUGAUGACUCAGGACAUUAUUUUAGUCACUAUAAAUUAUAGAUUAGGUAUCCUAGGAUUUGCAAGCUUCAAGGAUCCGAGCCUUGAGGUACCUGGUAAUAACGGACUUAAAGAUAUGAGAAUGGCACUAAAAUGGGUACAACAAAAUAUUGAAAAGUUUGGAGGUGAUCCCAAUAAUGUUACCAUAUUUGGAGAGAGCGCUGGGGCAGCAUCUGUGCACUAUUUAGUUCUUUCUCCAUCAACCAAAGGCCUAUUUCAUAAAGCUAUACUACAAAGUGGCUGUGCUCUAAACAAUUGGGCUUGGGGCAAAAAUAAUUCAACAGAAAUUGCGAAGUGCUUAGGCUACAAAGAUACAGAAGAGAAGAAGAUAUUGGACAGGUUGCGGAAGGAAUCCGCCAAAAAUAUCAUCAGGGGUCAAGGCAAAUUGAAAGAGGAUUUUUCUGCUGGAUCCGUCCGUCCAUUUGGUCCAGUAGUUGAGCCUCCAUCAGAAGACGCGUUCCUAACCGAACACCCACUGAAAAUUUUGCAAUCCCAGAGCUGGAACAAAGUUCCUAUCAUUAUGGGAUACAAUUCAGGCGAAGGAAUCUUUUUCGAAUUAGUGAGAAAAACUGUGCCAGGAAUCAAACUCCCGCUAAAUCUCGAACAAGAAAUUCCAUAUGAACUUGGAUUGGCUAAUACUGAUAAGGGCAAAGAGAUUGCUGAAAGGUUGAAAGAAUUAUAUUUUGCGGACUCUAAUGAAGAAGAUAUCGACCAGGUUUAUAAGUUCAAAGGAGACACCAACUUUAUGUAUUCUAUUCAAAAAUCAAUGGAGCUUCUAUCAAAACAGUCUAAACCCGUAUACGCCUACAGGAUGUCCCUUGUCAGUCCACUAAACUACUUUCACAGAUUUGCCAUGUCAAAAUACUUUAAAACAACAAUUUUAUGUAGUUUUCUAAGUAAAUUAUCCACUAACUACGUACCAUUAGCAAAAACUACUAUACUCAGUUUAACUGAUAAGAUACCAAAGAGGAACAUAAGGGAAGGUGUUGUCCAUGCUGAUGAUCUAUUAUACCUUUUCCCAACAUUUUAUACUCCCAAAAUUAUACCCGGAAGUCCAGAAGAUCUUUACAUACAGCGAUUUGUGAAAAUGUGGACAAACUUCGCUAAAUGUGGUGAACCUACGCCUGAAAUAGAUGAAAAAAUGAACAAUGUUAAAUGGAAGCCCAUUUCACAAACAGAGAUUAAGUUUUUGGAUAUUGCUGAGGAUUUUAAGAUAAUUGAAAAUGUUGAUAAGGAAAGACUUAAAAUUUGGGACGAAAUCUUCGCUCACCUAAAAAUUUAGAUUCAAGAAAUUUCAUGUACGAAAUUGUUACUUAUUUUAAUACAUUUUUAACGUUACCAUGACUUGAUGAAUUACUAAAUUAAAUUUUUAAUAA